AUGAGUGCCGCAGUUCAAGAUUUUCCAAAGGACGCUGGUCGCGCUCCUACUACACGCCCUUCCAUGGGCGACCAAAAGCUGACCGAUGCCAAGGGACCUUCCAUCGCACCCGACAAUGCGUGCGACGAACCCUCGCCAUUCGCACCAGGCGGAUUCGGCCACAAGGCCAUCGGCAAGGACCCUGUCACUGGCGAAGGCUACGACAAGGUCUACGGUGUUCGACCCAAGACUACCUGGCACCUGAAGCCCAAAAACGAGCGAACCUUGUGGGAGUUCAUCGCCGGUAUGGACAUUGCACCUGACGUCUGCUACGCCAAGCGUGGCACCGACGAGAAGCUUCGUGGUCCGCCUCCUACACAGCCCAUCUGGAAGGAGAACGUCUUCAUUCUAUCCACGGCUUCCCUCGCACCAUUGCUCCACACCGGCUGGAACGCCGCCUUCCCCAACCACACUAUGCACUGGGCUCCCGCCUGGGUCAUGUACCACACCUGCUUCAUCCUGUUCGCUGUCCGCAUGAUCAAGCGUCUUCACAAGUACAUGGCUGAGUACGGCACCCUCGACGAGCAGAACCGUGGUCGUGACCUCGUCGACGACAAGCACGUCAACCACCUCGGCCAGUCCAUCUUCAUCUACACCAUCUUCCGUACCCUCGCCCCCUUCCUGCUCGCCUGGCGCGGCGACAUGAACAACAUCUGGUCCGGCCUUUCCUGGGCCACUCCCCUCAAGAUCGGGUGGUGGGAGAUCGCUCUCGACUACUGGUUCUACCUCUACCACCGUUCUUGCCACGAGUUUGACAGCCUCUGGUUCAUCCACAGACAACAUCAUGCGACCAAGCACCCGACGCCAAUCCUGUCGAUCUUGGCUGAUGACUACCAGGAGGUGCUCGAAAUCUUCGUCGUUCCAUUCCUUGCCACCGCGAUUUCGCCCAAGAUGAGCUUUAUCGAGAUGUGGCUCGUUGUUUGCUACACCUUGUACGUCGAGGCUCUUGGACACUCGGGUAUCCGCGCUUAUUGGGCUCACCCCAUCCUCGGCCGCGUUCUGCAGCCCUUCGGUAUGGAGUUGACCGUCGAGGACCACUCCAACCACCACUUGUACGGAAAAGCUGGUAUGAACUACGGAAAGCAGACCCGUGUCUGGGACCGUAUCUUCGGUACCGUCGACCCUAGGCGAGAGACCCAGGAGGCCGGUAUCUUCGGCUCGUAA